AUAUGUCUAGUUCUUCUUUUGGCCUGUAUCUGAUGUAUUCUUUUCACACUUCUCUUUCAGCCCUUCCAUUUGCAUCAUCUAUUCUCUUUCGCUCCCUUUUAUCUUACAUAAGUUGUUUUUUUCUUCUUAUCUAUCCUUAUUUCCGUCUUUCUCUUUACAACGCUCGUCUUCCCUCAAUCUUGCCCAGCAUCCCUCUUACAUAUGUCCAUUUUUUUCAUCUUUUUAUCCUUUUCCAUCUUUCUCUUUCCAAAGCUCGUCUUGCCGCAGUCUUACCCCGCCUCAGCGCCACCUGCCUCCUGCCGUCCAGCCCUCCGGCCACGCCCUCGCCAGGCCACAAAGGGAGCGCCUCUUUUGAUACCGCUCAGGAGGACCAUUGAAUUUCAGAAGAUCGGGGUCUGGAGUCUCAGGCAGAGGGGAUGCGUGGAAUAUUCCGGCACUCUGAUGUGUAAAGAGCAUCCCAACAGACCUUUUUUAUUGGCGGAUGGAGGGCAGGUCACUGUGGGUAUAUAAGGAGGUGGAGCAAACUGGCAUGAUCAGACGUUUGGGUGCCCUUGGAGUGGACACAACAGGCAGGACUUCACGCAUCUCGCCACACGCACAGACACACAAAUUUAUCUUCCUUCACGCAGCCAUGAACUUCGCCUUACGCCUGGUGGUGGUGGUGGUGGCCGCGGCACUCGCCAACACCAGCGUCGCCGCCCACCCCGCCUGGACGAGUGAUGGCCCGAGUGGAGCCGUAAGUGGACGAGUGGCUCACCUACCAGACCCCGAAGAGGGCGGCAUGAGGGUCGUGCCCGUGCUGAUGGUCGCCCUGUCCGAGCCCCGCGCGCCCCGCCCCACCGCCGCACACAAGCGUAACUCAGAGCUCCUCAACACCCUCCUGGGCUCACAGACGCUCAGCAACAUGAGGAACGCAGGCAGACGCUAGACACCCCGGCCGCUAGUGCACGAGUUCGUCUUUUCCCUUCCUCGUCUAAUGCCGUUUUGAUCCUUUUUUUUAUUGUCAGAAGUAGGAAGGGAAGAGGAUGCCGGACUUCUCUCACUCUUUUAAAUGAUUUGUAUUCUAAUAUAUCAACGCUUAAAUGAGAAUCGAUUAUGAGACUAGAUGGAAAAUUCUGUCUUAGUUCCAUUCUAACACGUGCAUUCACAGAGAUACAUAAUUAUAAAUCCCAUUGAAUACAUGCUGAUAUACAUUUCCUCUCAAUAAGUAGGGAUAAAGUUUACUGCACAAGUGAGUGAAUUAAUUAGAUAUAACUUAACUUCCUGUCCUAUUCUCAUCUUACAUUCCGUUUAUAUGCGCUGUCAGAUGUUUUCAGCGGAUGUUUUACGAUUAAUUCCCGUUAGUUUGGCAGUGUUAACCAACUACACACUGCCGGGGCUUCAGGCUGAUGUGGCGUUGUGUAGGCUGAGCAUUAAUAAACCAAUGUGACCAAUAACUGUUGUGUGGAGCGAGACGCAGGGCUUGUUGGGCAGCGGUGAAUAAAUGACUGUUGA